AACAAACUAGUACAAGUACUGACUUUUACUUCUUGAGUUCUUUGGCUGCUGCAAGCCGAAUCAGUACAGUCUUCGUUCCUGGAUGGAUAAAAAUAACAACUGCGUGUUUGUCGCCAACGGAUCAAGGCAAAAGCCGCAUUGUCUGUCAUCGUCUUACCUGAAUGCAGUAGAACAGCCAAGCCGGUCGCUCUUCCACCAUCCGACUCACUUCGCUACACACCCUAAACGAGAGCAAGAAAACCAGAGGACCUUGUUCCCUAGGCGGCACUGUCGGAGAUGCCAAGCGUCCCUGCAGUGAGUAUUUAUCGAAGGCGAAGGUCACGCACUGAUAACAAGUAUUUACCUGAGGCUGACUAUUGUAUUGGGGUACAUAGCCGAUCAGCUGCUGCAUACUGUCCAUAUUGCUGUGCCUCCGCUGACGCCCAUUGACGACCGCCAUUCUUCUCCCGGUCCCAAGCAACUCUGCGGUAAAGACUAACGUGGCCAGUCAGCGGUCAACUCCGUGCUCGGCAAAUGCUAGUAAGUGUGCACUUUACCGUUUACGCUGAACCAGGCCCGGUGUGGCGGUAUCAGCAAUUCGACACUCGCAAAUCGUGCACGUACCCAUCGUGGGAGUCAGACUUCUAUCAAUCCUGACCUCAAGUCUAAAGUACAAUACUCUUGCCUAACUGUUACUGUUCUUCAAGCAAUUUCUUUAUUUGUACCUUUUUUUUGUCAACAAUGCUGGAAAUCUGGUGUGAAGUGAAAAUUUUGAUUGUUUCUUCUAUGCUGAUGUACUACCGGUAGUAGUACGGCUGGGCGUAGUCGUAUCGACACAGCGUGCGGUUGUGUGUCGGUCAGUAGCAGACACAUGGCCGUUGAUUGUGUGAGUCUCUGGCACUGGCUAUGCACGAUAGUCACCAGUCACGAUAAUAGUCUUUGCCAACUGAAGUAGUCACUACACAUAGUCACUAUACAUUUGACAUAUUGUUAUAAUUGUUAAACAGCAUGCACCGAGACAGACCAAUGAAGCGGCCAGCACCCAAGGCAACGCCCAUCAAGCGCAAGCCAGUCAGCCUCGCCAUCAAGUCCAGGACGGACCGACUGAUAGAAGAAGAAGCUCUGCAGCGGAGCACCACCAAGCGCAGGAAAGCGGCGCACGGCCCCAGCAAUGUCAAAGCGAAAACAAACGCCACCACUGGACAGCCCGGUCGUCAGAGAGCACCAGGGCAGCAGCCACCGCCAGUCGCUAAGUCGCAUCCGCAGGGCGAUGCGAGGCAGCAGCCACAGGUGCAAGAGUACACCGCGGUCUACGAGUCUCCAUACUCCAGGAUGGUUGAGGUCACACCACCAGCUGGGAGUGAGGGCACAUCAGCCGGCUACCCAUACUCCAAGAUGGUGAGUUUAACAACCAGGCAAUCGGAGGAACUACCGGCUGACCAGAAGAAGGACAUCCCAUCACGGCCGGAACCUGCAGAAGCUAUGAGAAAUCCUGGCCUUGUGGAAAGAAGGACUCAAUCUCCGGUUGGAGAUCGGCACACCGUUCUCCAUGGUGUCGGACCAGGACUGGCAGAAUUGAUCAACCCUGCUGCUGCACAAGAGGAACCCAAAGACUCUGUUUACUGGCCCUAUGGACGACCUGGAUGCGGGGCAGCACCAGCUAGAGAUUCUGCUGCCGGCGGUGGAGUGUCCUAUCGACGUAGAACAUUACCGGAUUCAUUGAACACGGACGCAGGAACAGCAGGGGUGGCGGAGAGCACGAGAAGUAGACACUCUGAUAUCGGCGGCGUGCGGCGGCCCUUGUCGCCUAGGAGAAACAAUGAGGGUGCAAGAGAGUCGCUUAUAUUACCUCCAUUACAACCAGAUUCAUCAGCUAUCACUGCGACAGGCCGAAGAGGUCAACCACAGGCGCUGCGCAAAGACCAGGAACCUUAUCGAACGACUUCUCUUAUCCUUUGGCAGAUUGAACUGCGCCAGCAAGCCGAGGAGAGAGCCCGGAAGAAACGAGAGGAGCAGGAGCGCCGGGAGCGGCUGGAUCGCGAGGAGGACGAACGAGUGCAGCGCGAGGUCGAGGAGAUGCAGCGAGAGUUUGACAGGAGGGAGAACAAGAAUAAACCAACUCCAGUCCUUUCCUCCAAGCAGAGAACACUGGCAGAAAUCGAGUCACUCAAGGUGCAAACUGGCAUCAAUGCCGAAUAUCAGAAGAUACCCCGCACACCCGUUGACAGGAACCGCCGCCAUGCAGGUUCAAUAGAACACAAUGCCGAUGGUGUGGCAGCAGCUGCAGCAGCAACAUCCAGGCAUGCUACAACUACCCUAACCGGUGGCAGCGACCGUGACCAAGAGCCACGAGCGCGAAUCUUACCCGAACUCCGCAGGCCGCCGCAGCUGGAACACAGCAGGUCGCGCAUCCCCGUGCUGAUCAACUAUCCAGCGGAUCCACUCGGUCUGAGAAUUCCUUACAAUCCGGUACUGGAUAGAAUAGAUCGAAAGCACAAUGGCAUACCGGACGCCGCUGGAGCGUGGACAUUAAACGUAGCAAGAAGCUACCCCGAUGUCCAGUCCAAUCGCUUUGAAGUCGGGGGGCCUGCUGAGCGCCGCCGGUCACCGGGAAGGGCCAGAAUACCCAGCGUUGAGCUGCCAGCAAGCGUGCAGUACCUUGACGUGCCAUUGGUCGAUCAAGAAUCCUAUCGGGCAGCCAUUGCAAGAAAGGAAGCCCAUCGGCAGGAACAACGACAGCAAGAAACACAAGAACAGGAACAACGGCAGCUUGCACGGGAGAAACAGCAAAUGCUUCGACAGAGGCAACAACAGCAGCAACAGCUAGCAGAAGAACUGCAGAACCAACAUCUAGGAACGCUCCAGCAGCCACAGCAGCCACAGCAGCAGCAAGCGGAUCAUCAUGUCGAAGUGAUACCUCCACUAUUACCGUGCCAACAGCAGCAGCUGACUGAGCCGGCAAUGCAAGACCGUCAGGGUGUGCUGGAUGCACUGCGCGACCUCAAAGAGCUACUUCGCAUGAAGGGUGUACAGAUGGAGCGAAGGAUGGUCCGGGACUUGAAAAGCGCAGAACGCUUUCACAAACGAGAUCUAAUGGAUUCGUUCAAGCCUCGCUUUGAUCCCAAUCUCAAGUAGUAUAUAUUCCUCCCCAUGUAGACCUCCAAACGGAUUUAUUUUUCUAGCAUCCAGGCCUCUAUCUCUACCUAACACUGGUCUUGAAACAUCAGCCGCAGACCUAUUAUUAAACUCAUGCAAGAUGCAGAAUCCGUCCUAUGAUCAAGUCCUCCUCAGAAGUGAGAUUUUUAAAGAAACCAUGAAUCAAGCUGCUGAUAUUCAUUUACGUAUAGCCCUGCAUCUAUCAUGGUCUUGGUUAUUUUAUAACAAUUCCAGCUGCAAAAAGCCGGCAGUACAAUAGGCAAACACUGGAUGUUUUCAAAGAAGAUACUCGGGCAAUAAUUA